AAAGGGAGAGAGAGGGAGAGAUCUCUUUCUUUUUUUCUCCCAGCCUCAGAAACAUGUCGAUGAGUCCCAAGCACACUACUCCCUUCUCAGUGUCUGAUAUCUUGAGUCCUCUGGAGGAGAGCUACAAGAAGGUGGCUAUGGAGGGCACUGGCUUAGGGGCUCCCCUGGCUGCCUACAGGCAAUCUCAGGUGUCUCAGCCUACUAUGCAGCAACAUGCUAUGGGCCACAAUGGACCAGUCAGUGCUGCCUACCACAUGACAGCUGCAGGGGUUCCCCAGCUCUCCCACACCACCAUGGGGGGCUACUGCAAUGGCAACCUGGGCAACUUGGGCAAUAUGAGCGAUCUGCCACCUUAUCAGGAGACCAUGAGGAAUAGUUCAGCGACUGGAUGGUAUGGAACCAACCCAGAUCCAAGAUUUUCCACAAUCUCCCGUUUCAUGGGUCCCUCCAAUGGAAUGAAUAUGGGAGGUCUUGGCAAUAUGGGAUCAUUAGGAGAUAUGGGUAAGAGUAUGGCCCCACUUCAGAGCACCCCGAGAAGAAAACGUAGGGUGUUGUUUUCUCAGGCCCAAGUGUACGAACUGGAAAGGAGAUUCAAGCAACAAAAAUACCUAUCUGCUCCAGAGAGGGAACAUUUGGCCAGUAUGAUCCAUUUGACUCCAACCCAGGUGAAGAUCUGGUUCCAGAACCACCGCUACAAGAUGAAGAGACAAGCCAAGGACAAGGCAGCACAACAGCAGAUGCAACAGGACAACAGUUCUUGUCAGCAGCAGCAAUCUCCAAGACGGGUAGCAGUUCCAGUGUUGGUUAAGGAUGGCAAGCCAUGCCAGGCAGGUUCUAAUACCCCAACAACUGCUCUUCAGAACCACCAGCAGCAGUCAGCCACAGCUCUCACAGUCACCUCCAAUGGCUUGGGGCAACAUCAGAGCCACCAAACAAACAGUGCAGGCCAGUCUCCAGAUAUGGGUCAGCACUCCAGCAGCCCAUCAAGCCUCCAGAGCCAGGUUGCCAACCUUUCUCACCUAAAUAGUUCCAGUUCUGACUAUGGUACAGCCAUGUCCUGCUCUACCUUACUAUAUGGUAGGACAUGGUGAAUACAACCUAGGUCCUUCUGUCCCCAUGCAACCCUUCUCCUCUCUUAAAAAAAAAAAAAAAAGAUGGAAAAAAAGCAAGAAAAAAAGCAGUACUUUAGGGGGGGAUGGAUUUAUAAGAGGGUUUCUCUGAGCAAAAAGAGAAGGGGAAGGAUAGAGGAGAUAGUUAUUAAUCUGGAUGGAUGGUACUCAAAAUGUCAAAUGGAAAGGAGGCUUGGACUUCACACUACCUUCCCACCUUACCUGCUUGUAUAUAGGGCUACACUGACUGAAGAUUGUGGGGUUACUCCACUCUUAAACUGAAGAGCGAUUUUAUUUUAUCUCUUAGUUUCUUGUGACAUUGUAACCUCUCUGUCGGACGAUUUGGAAUAUUUAGUUUUUAGUCAUUUGUAAAUUUGGUUGUAAAACUAAAUCUAAACGAAUAUUUGUCUCCCUUUUUUUCAAUUUUGAAAUAUUUCUACACCAGAAUUUGCCGAUGUUUUAUCUUCUCUAGGUAUAGGCUAUAAAAAAAAAUCCAAGUAAUGUAAAAGAUGCUCAUUAAAAAAAGAAAAAGCAAACACAAAAAACAGUAAUUUAUUUUUAUUUUAAUUUUUUUAUUUCCUCUAUAUACUUUUUUUCAAUUGUUUGGAUUGAGAGAGGUCACCUGACUUCUAAAAAUGUGAAUAAAAUGAUAUCAUUGCACCAAUUAUGAACAGAUCCUGUGAACUGGAGAGGACCUGCAGAUGCUUAUGGGUCAGUACAGUUAUUCCCGGGGGUCACUUUUUUAAUUGUUUGCUUGCCAGAUCCUAAACUUAAAAACUUACUGAAUAGAAAAAUCUGAACGAAUCCCUUUAUGUUCUUGACACAGAUAACUAUGUAGACCUGAACUCUAUUUUCUCCUCUAGUCUGCCCUUUUUCUAUGGCUACAUGAUCAGUAUGAUUGUAUUCAUGCACAGGGAUAAUUUAUGAGACCUGGUCGAAGCCACUGGAUUUAUGUGACACCAAUUUAUGAUUAAACUGGUGUAUGAUUAUUUCAUGACAUCCUUGUUCCUUUCUUCUUUUUCUCUUGUCAUAAAAAUGUUCUCUUUUUCUUUAUACUUUGAUGUAAUGAUAUCAAUUAAAAAAAAAAGUAAAC